CGUAUUUUCCUCCCCUCCGCUGCCUGCCUGCCUGCCUGCCUGCCUUAACACUGAGACACACUCGAAAUAAACAAGCGCAAAAACGGGAGGGGGGAGCCGCUGCAGGGACCCGCUCCGGCGUCACGCUUAUCACCGGCCGAUAGACGGUGGGGUCUUCCACCUAUAAGUUGCCAUCAGUGAAGCCCCAAACCUCUCGUCAGUCCCUGGCUCCACUGAGCCCCGUAUCAAUGUAAACUUUUUAAUACCCGCGCCGCAGACGCCGAGCGACGAGGCGAGGAGGAUUUCCCCCCAAAACCUCCAGCUAGAGACAGAAGUGGACCCAUGGACAAGUCCCGCUCUCCUCCUUCCCCCAUGCCUGGUCUAUAGUCACCUUCUCACUCGCUCCCCACUCUCAGCCAUUUGACCGACCCUCCCCACCCCGUGGCCACACCAUGGCCAGCAAGAGGAAGUCCACGACCCCUUGUAUGAUCCCUAGCAAGAUCCGCCCCUCAGAGGAGCACGAACAGGAAUCUCCUGUUCUUCUCCGCCAGUCCAGGAUCUCUGGAGGGGGCAGACAAAGCCCACUCGACCCCGGAGAGUCUUCCAAACCACAGGCGGGAGACGAUGUCAAAGACGGUGGUGGCACGUACACGUGUAAGCCUUGUAACUUUGAAACCCACGACCUUAACUUGUUCUUGGAUCACGUCUACACUGGACACCCGGACUUCCGUUCGGACCCGUGCUUUUUUUGUGUAAGCUGCGGCGUAUCCGCGCCCAAGUUUGAGGGCCUGGCCCUGCACAAUGCCAGGGUUCACCCCAGCACUUUGAACACCACUCUGCAUUUGAGGAAGGAAAACAGGAGGCUGGUGGUGGAGCAGAAUCUAGUGACUGGGACAGAGCCGGGUAAAGACAGUGAGAUUUCUAUCACCAAAACCCCAAUCAUGAGGAUGCUUAAGGGCAAAUCUGAGCCUAAACGGAUUGUGGUGUCCCACCCGGUCUCUGACGAGCCCUCCUCAGACCCGCACUCUAUGUCUGUGUCUAGAGAGACUGAGAGGAAAGAGGCUGCUGCGGUCACCGUCACACAUGUCUCCACAAUUGUCCAAAAUGGAACGAGUAAGGUCACGCUGCCCUCUGCGAUCCAGAUAGUCAACGGCUCAGGAGCUCUACCGAUGCUGAAGACACCCAUCACACAGGUGGUUUCAGUAGUUCAAAGCAGAAACCUUCAUCAUUCUGCACCAAUCACUGCUUCAAAUGUUUCCUCCACUUCCUCAAAUUCAUCCUCAAAAAAUCUCCCCAAGGUGAUGAUUCCUUUGAGCAGCAUCCCUACCUACAGUGCCUCCAUGGACUCAUCUUCCUUCUUGAAGACCUCCUUUAGUAAGUUCCCGUACCCCACGAAGGCUGAGCUCUGCUACCUGACCGUGGUCACAAAGUUCCCCGAGGAGCAGAUAAAGAUCUGGUUCACAGCCCAGAGACUGAAGCAGGGCAUCAGCUGGUCCCCAGAGGAGAUCGAGGAAGCCAGGAGGAAGAUGUUCAACACCAUCAUUCAGACGACGCCUUCCACCUCGCAUAACCAGACUCACCACAGCCCAGCUCAGCACACGAUCACUGUCCUGCCGGCCUCGCUGGGGGCCGCGGGGAUCCCUCACAUCCUGCAGGGAUCUCUUGUAAGCCAGGGAGGGGUUAUUGUCACGCAGCCCGUAAUGGCAAAUGGUAUCCAGGUUAGCAGCGCUCCUGUGGCCCUGGCUGUAACACCGAAGCCCCAGGCAGCAGCCCGGCCCAUGAUGCAGGCCCGACCGGCUGCGGCCCUGGUGGCUGAUAAAGGCAUCAGCAUGGUGGUGGGGACAGUGGGCAGCAGCAGCAGCACGGGGAGUCACAUCAUUAGCAGCAGUAAUAGUAGUAGGAGUGGGGGAGGGGGCGCUAGCAGUAUUAUCGGUAGCAGUCAAGCUAGUGUCAUCAACCUUAGUCUAGGAAGUAGUAAUUAUAGUAACGCACCGGCGAGCAGUGUCAAUGGUAAACACACCAGAGCUAAUGCCGAUUCCAAUGACAAGAGCAAUAUUAACGUUACCAGCCAUGUAAACGCUAAGAACACUGAUGCCAGCAAAGCCAACAACACCAGCAUCGCGCAGAGUGACGACGACAUCGCCGCAGAAAGCAAAAAUGCCGCCGACAGGAAAGCGGGCAGUGACGGACAGAAGAGCAAAGAUACAAACGGUAGCAGCAAGAGACAUGACUCAACGAGCACAAGCACAGAUGAUGUCGACCGCUCCGCCAGCGACUCCCCAAACAUCAGGAUGGAGGACGCUUCUUCCCCCGCCUCCAAGUCCUCCUCCCCCUCCCCCGUGGGGCUGCCGGGCUCCCGGACGCCCAUUAACGCAUUCCUGGACCCGACCUUCUACAAGGGCAAGAAGUCUCAGGAGCAGCUCAGCGCUCUGAAGGACAGCUUUGUGGCGAACCAGUUCCCUGACCAGGAGGAGGUGGACCGGCUCAUCUCUCUGACCGGCCUCACGGUCCGAGAGGUCCGCAAGUGGUUCAGUGACCGGCGAUACCACUUUCGCAACCUCAAAGGGUCACGCUCCAGCACGGGAGGGUCCGGUAAGGGAGGGUCUGGAACAGGGGGCAGUUCCGAUAAGUUGGGGGGCGGCGGCGUUGAUGGCUCCCACCCCGUGGACCUGUCGGAGAGCAGCAGCAACUCUGGUUCCAAAACGCCCCAGCACAGCUCCGACCCCCUCAGCCCGACCGCGUCACAGACUCCCACCUCUCCCACCACACCCUCCCGCAGACUCCCCAGACCACCGUCUCCUGAUUUCACAGCUAUCCGCUACAAGGAGAGGGAACCCCACCAGGUGAAGGCCCUAGAGGCCAGUUUUGUCCAGAACCCCGACCCAUCAGGAGAGGAAGUGGACAGGUUACGAUCUGAGACCAAGAUGACCAGAAGGGAGAUCCAUGGCUGGUUUGCCGAGAGGAGGAAGAGAGUAGCUGCUGAGAAAAAGAAAGAGGAGGCCGAGCGCGCUUUGAGGGAGGAGGAGGACGAGGAGGAGGUGGACGGAGAGCAGAGACAGAGGGACGAGGGUUUGGGAGAACUGAAAGUCAACCCCAUUAAAAUAAAUUUAAAAAUGCUGAAGGUGACCGAGGCCAACGGCAAACCGGAGGGUGAAGGCUCGGACAACCCGGUCGCGCCAACUCAGUCCGGCAAAACGUCUGCAUCCUCUCCGGGGUCCACCUCAUCCUGCACCCCCAAACCCUCCACUCCCACCCCAACGCCCAAACCAUCCAACUCCCCCAAACCCACGGCCACCAGAGGCAAGAAGACGGCCGAGCAGGUUCACCUCCUCAAACAGGUCUACGCCCGCACCCAGUGGCCCAGCGCCACCCAGUACGACGAGCUGAUCUCGGGCACCGGGCUGCCCCGACCCGAAGUGGUGCGCUGGUUCGGGGACUCGCGUUACGUGCAGAAGAACGGUCAGCUCAAAUGGCUGGAGUCGUACCAGGACAUGGCUCUGGAGGAAGAUUUGCAGAAGGGGAACGCCGCGGUCCUCCAGGCUCACCUCGACCUCCACGGCAGGCUGGAAGAAUCCCAGUUGCAGGACCUGGCGCAGAGUAGCGGUUUAACCGCGGACCUGGUCCGACGUUGGUUCUGCACCAAGGCGUCUCUGCCCAGGAUGGAGCAAACCGCCGCUGCUCAGACACCAGGAGCGGGACCGGUUACACCAGACGUGGCAGUCGAGCCACGAACAACGGGAGCCUCCCCUCUGGAGCCGCAGCCAGGAGGCGGGACGGAGGAGAAAAUGGAGCAGUCGGUGUGCGGUGUCGCAACAGAAGCAGAGGAGGCCAACGCUGACAAGACUGUGAACGCUGCUAAAGGAAGUGACUGAAGAGGCCUUUUGUGUGAGACGGACGCAGGUGGUCUUCGUCGCGGGAGCUUCAACUAAAAGACGGCAGAUGUGAUUGUAACAGGAUCGCCGGGUGGAAACGGAUCUCGAAACCCUCCCCGUUCAUCCAUCUCUCUAUCCCUCCUUCUCACUCACACCCCUAGAGGUAGGCAUGACCUCCCCUGCUACGUGAGAUGGACGCUAAAGCCACUAACCACCCCCUCCCCCCCUUACAACUCCCCUCCACUCCGCUCACCCAUCAACCCGCUCCCUUCUCCCGUUCCGUCUAGACCCUCCUCUGCACACACUAUCCAUUCUCCCGGGCCGCCAUUUUCCCUUCACAAGGAAGUUUCCAGUGGAGACUGAAUUGGAGGAGGAGGAGGAGGAGGAGGAGGUGGUGC